AUGAUUAUCUUCCGUCGGGGAAAUUCGGAUGACUUCGCCCCGAAGGAUAUGACCUUAACCUGUGUUUAUCUUGUCGAUCUGACAGUGGAGUUGACCUUUGAGACCGUUGUUCCAGCCUCGUACCGCUAUUGUUACGCCAAGAUUGGCUGGCACCCUCCGGAAUAUGAGACAAUAGACAGUUCAAGCAAUGAGGAAUAUGAGACUAUAGACAACUUAAACAAUGAGGAAUAUGAGACGAUAGACAGUACAAACAAUGAGAAAUAUGAGACUAUAGACAGCUUAAACAAUGAGAAAUAUGAGAUUAUAGACAGUUCAAACAAUGAGAAAUAUGAGACUAUAGACAGCUUAAACAAUGAGAAAUAUGAGACUAUAGACAGCUUAAACAAUGAGAAAUAUGAGACUAUAGACAGUUCAAACAAUGAGAAAUAUGAGACGAUAGACAGUUCAAACAAUGAGAAAUAUGAGACUAUAGACAGUUCAAACAAUGAGAAAUAUGAGACUAUAGACAGUUCAAACAAUGAGAAAUAUGAGACUAUAGACAGUUCAAACAAUGAGAAAUAUGAGACUAUAGACAGUUCAAACAAUGAGAAAUAUGAGACUAUAGACAGCUUAAACAAUGAGAAAUAUGAGACUAUAGACAGCUUAAACAAUGAGAAAUAUGAGACUAUAGACAGUUCAAACAAUGAGAAAUAUGAGACUAUAGACAGUUCAAACAAUGAGAAAUAUGAGGAAUGUUCAGUUAGACCCCAGAAGAAAAGGGAAGCUCCAGCCACACUAAGUACCUACCAGUCUUAUAAUAAUUUGUGCAGGAUGAGAUCAGUUAUUAAUGACAUCAGAUCUGCCACUGUUCAUGGAUUAAAUAACACUGCUGUCCACGGCGAGACAUUGUGA